GCGUGUCUACAGCGGAUGUGUAUGUGUAAUCCCAAACUCACAGAACAACAACACACUGACACCUCAGCUGGAUCUUCUGACCCGUUCGGGUGCAAAAAAACACUCGACACCCUCACAAACUUCACAGACAGGAUCAUAAACAAACUAAGAGGCGGAUCGCGCAGCGGGCAGAGGGUUUAUGUCGUAGAAUCCGCAGGUUUUGGGUCCGGUUCCGCCCGAAUCAUGUCCUGCUGUCUGCUGGAUUUCGGCCGGGUCCAGGAGCUCAGACAGGUUCGAGAGUUUCUGUUCCCCAAGCACAACAGCGCCGGACCCGAGGAAGAGAAAACACAAGCAGAGAAUGAGUUAACGUGGGAUGACUCAGACUGGGGCUCUUGGGAGAAUCCUGAUGCUAAAGAGAUGGCUGAAGAGGAGGAGCAGCAGCAGAGCGCCCCAUGGUUACAGGACUGUGUGCUGUCUCUCUCACCCUGCUCAGAUCUGCUGGUCAUCGCUCGAGAGCACAAAGCCGCAUUUCUCUCUGCUAAGUGGCGGACAGGCGAGAGUGGGCAGGAGGAAAUGACCCUCGCUGUGACCUGGAGUGGAACGCUGAGCGCUGAGGAGGGGGAGUGUAUCAGUAGUGUUAUCUGUAUUCCACUGGCCAGCCAGAAAAGGAGUUCUACCGGUCGGCCUGAUUGGACCUGUAUUGUGGUUGGAUUCAGCUCAGGAUAUGUCCGUUUCUACACAGAGAGUGGUGUUCUUCUGUUGGCCCAAUUGUUGCAUGAAGAUCCCGUGCUACGACUGAAGUGUCGCACCUAUGAGAUUCCACGUCACCCUGGAGUAACGGAACAGCACGAGGAGCUCAGUAUUCUGUACCCAGCAGCCCUUGUCACUAUCGAUGGCUUUAGUCUCUUCCAGUCUUUACGUGCCUGUCGAAACCAGGUUGCCAGAGCUGCAGCAGCAGGAAGUGAUGUCAUCCAGCCUCCACCACUGGCCUAUAAGAAAUGGGGCCUGCAAGACAUGGACACAAUUGCAGACCAUUCCAGCAUAGGUAUUACUACUCUGAGUGUGUUCGAUCAGAUGAAAAAUGCAUCUAUCCUUGGAGGAUUUCAUGCUUCGGUUAAAGGAAGCCCUCCUGCUAUGAGUCAGUAUAUCACAGUGGGAGGUGGACCCUACACUGGUUUCUUCUAUGCUAUAGAGGGUAGUUCUCAGCCUCUUCUCUCCCAUGUGGCUCUGGCUGUGGCCAGCAAACUCACAUCAGCUCUGUUCAGUGCUGCCAGUGGUUGGUUGGGAUGGAAGAGUAAAAAUGAAGAGGAGUCAGUGCAGAAACAGAAGCCAAAAGUGGAGCCAGCCACAGCCCUUCCUGUUAGGUUUGGUCUUCCAGAUUCUCGUCGACAUGGCGAGUCUAUCUGUCUCUCUCCAUGUAACACUAUGGCUGGAGUCACAGAUGACUUUGGCAGAGUCACGCUGCUGGAUGUGGCACGAGGCAUCGCUAUCAGGAUGUGGAAGGGCUAUCGUGAUGCUCAGCUCGGAUGGGUGCAGGUGUCAGAGGCUCGUGGGGAGAGAGAUCUAGCCACAUCUCCUUCUAUGCCCCGCCGGCAUGCCCAGUUUCUCGUGAUUUACGCCCCACGUAGGGGUAUUUUAGAGGUGUGGGGAACUCAGCAUGGACCACGAGUAGGGGCUUUUACUGUAGGAAAACACUGCAGGCUGCUGUACGCAGGUCACAGGUUAAUGGGUGUGAACAGUGUAACCAGUCAGGGCUGGCAAAUCCACACACAACAAGUGUGUCUGUUUGACCCGGUUAAUGGAGCACUGAGAGCGGUCACCAUACCAUUCCACCUGGCACUCAGUGAUAAGAAGAGCGAGCGUGCUAAAGACAUGCACCUGCUGAGGAGACUCACCACUUUACUGAGGAGCAGAGAGGUGGAGCCAGCUCUGCUUGAGAGUGAAGCGCAAAGUGUGUUACUGGACAUUAAACAUCCAGCUAUUAAGAAACAGGCCCUGGAGUCACUUUUGUCCAAUAAGACUGCACCAGUGUCCUGUUUGACCAGUGUUACUCGUGCAUUAUUGGCUAGCCUGAAAGAACAAGAUCCUGAAGCAGUUGAUGAGUCGUUGCUGCAGUUUUGUUCAUCCCAGCUCAAACUUCUCCAGCUCUACACAGACGUUCAAUUACUUCACACACCAGAUAUAUCACCCACUGAGCCAGAACAUCCGUCGUUUUCUAGCAUUGAGGAGGAUCUUGCUCGUGUUGGCCCAGUCCUGCAGCGAUACACAGAGAUGAACACUCGGCCCUGCGUCUCAUUUGCUCAAGACUCAAGUGAGCCACUUCCAGUCCGAACAUUUCUGUCUCAGUUGGAGUGGGUGAAUGGAGAGCUCAGAGUGAUUAAACAACCUGAUACCGACUGGACCCAGCUAGGUAGUUUCCUGUUCUGGGGUUGUCUGUCUGGUCAGAGUCCUUUACAAAGAGUGUGUGAGACUCUGCAGGAAAGUGGCAUUAGCCCUCAGCAGCUACUGUCUUUGCUUUUGUCAGUUUGGCUGAACAAAGAAAAGGAUAUACUGAAGUGCCCAGACGCCGUCUCACACCUGCACACGCUGCUGUCCACCCUCAGCUCCAUGAAAGGAGCGGUGGAUGAGUCAUGGGACGGCCAGUGUGUCUCACCCUGGUGGCAGCAGGUGCGCACAGCUUGUGUUCAGUCUGAGAGCUCCGCCGCCGCAUUACUAGCUGCUCUAGUCGCUCAUCGUGUAGCCAAGAAUGCCAUCACCAGGCUGGCAGAGAGCAAGUUUCAGGAGUGGGAAUGUGUUUCUCUGGAGUUGGAGCAGUGGAUGGUGUGUAUAAAGCAGUUGGAGGAUGUUCUUGCUCUGCAGACGCUGCUCUGCCUGCCGUCUCCUCAGGGCCCUACAGGUGGCUCUGUCACACGCUGCUCGGUCAAAACACUAUUAGAGAGUGGCAGAGGUGGUGUAGCAGACUGUGUUUCGAAGUUGCUCUUCAGACAGGGUGUGUCUCCAGAUCUCCUGAGGGAUAUCCUGCAACGGAGGGGAGAGAAUGAACCCACACAACAGCCAGCACAGCCAGGCGGGGAGGAGAAACUGGAGGAGCUGCUGGAGUGUGUGUGUCAGCGGUUCCCAAAUUCUCUGUCUCCUGAUGUGCUGUUUGCUCACUGUAGCUGGGAAAAUGUGGUCCAGUGGAACAAAGACCCAGAGGUGGGACAGUACUUAGAGUGGUCAGUGGAGUUUUUGAAGAUGAUAUCCAGUCCUCACAUUCAGUUGGGAGUCUCUGCUAUGAUGUGGCAGACCUUCAUAGUCAAGCGGUUUUCGGCUGCUGCCUUCCUAAUGGAAAAGGUGGGAAAGGCACCUAAAGACCGGCUGUGCAGACGGGAUGUAGGAAUGGGAGACGCAGCUGUGAGGAGUUUCCUGGGCUCUUGUGUGCAGUUACUACAGACCCUGAUGGAGGCGGAUUCAGCGGUGGAGGAAGUGUCUGCUCCAGAUGUGUGUGUGGAGGAAGUGUGGGGCGGUGCUGAGGGUCCAGUGUCUAUAGUGGAGUUAGCUCUGGAUCAGAGGUCUGUUCACUAUCCACUCGUGCAGCAUCACUGUGUGUUAGCAUCACUGCUGCAUGCCACCAUGACCUUCUGUCUGCGUCUGAAACCGCUCAGCCUGUUCGACAGCAAGGGUAAGAAUGCGUUUUUUAGAGAUUUGUCAUCCAUUCAGUUGCUGCCCAGUGGAGACACGGACCCCAGCCUGGUGGCUGUGAGACAAGAGUUUCUGAUGAACGUGUUAACAGGCUGGGUGAAGGUUCUAGCUGAAUCCGAGGAGAACGGUGUCAAACACAGCGGUGCUGAAGACAUGUGGCCGUCUGUGUGUAUGGAGCUCUCGUCUCUACUGCAGGUCAAUACUGACAUCCUGCGCAGACAUCUCGUCUGUGAGCUCUACAACCAGGGCCUGGACCUGCGGGCCGAGGAGGUGAUGAUGGAGGUGCAGGACAAGGAUGUUUUGGGCUCUCAGCUGCUGGUGUUGAUUGGUCAGAGACUCGCCUUCUCUCUGCUCCACUCCCAGUCACAGACCAAACCCAACAUGGAGCUGCUGGCCCGUCUGCCGCCCACGCUCUGCACCUGGCUGAAGGCUAUGGACCCUAGUGAGCUGCGCUGUCCCUCAGUCCCUCUGUCUCAGAGCAGUCGACUGAUCAACAAAGUCAUCGAGAUGCUCCCUGAAAACCAUGCCCAGUACAGCCUUGCCCUCCACCUGCUGGAGGCCGUGGACUCUUUUCAUGAAGAGCCCUGAUCUGAAGAAAUGCACAGGAAAAGAGAAUGAGAAUCAUGUUUAUUUUUUUUUAUAUUCUAGACUUUAAAAGUUUCCCAGAAUCCCUGAGACCUGGAGAACCACCCAGUCAGCAGCCUAAAUAAAUGCAGCUUCAUCAUCAUCAUCAGUAAUCUGCUUAAUUUAGCAGACUUGAAUUUCUUUUUCACAACUGUCACUAAAAUAACAUAUCAAGAGCAAUAGCACAUCUAGAGCAUGUGCUAUCCCACAAUGCCUGUGCACACGGAAUGUGUCACAAAUAAAGGGCCUGGAGUCUCUAGUGUCUAGAGUAUUAUUAGGAUUAAAACAAUGUUAUUCUUGUACAGUAGUUCUGUAAUUAAAGAAGAAUGGCAUUCUUUACAAGGAAGCUUUAACAUAAUAUUGUGCUGUAAUCAGUAUAAUCAAAACAUUACAGUAUAUUAAAACCAUGGGGGGGGGGUCUAUUUUCUAUUUCAAAUUCUAGAUGUUCUUGUUCAUUUAUUCUGACAAUUAAACAUGUCUGAAAUGUCUCAUUGAUGCUGGUUAGUAGCAGACAAGCAGUAAAAUGUCAUCUGUUAUUGUAUGUGUUAUUUUAAAUGUAUAAGUUUAGGUGUGGUUGCAAGGUGAGACAAAAGAAAGAUUUCACUUAAGUAGAGCUGAACUUUUAUGCAGUCCUGUACCAGCUGUGCCUGGCUGCUCAUAUAAUGCAACGUUAACGUGAUACCAAAAAUAAAGACAAUUUCAGAGAA